AUGGGAGCGGCGCCACGUGGCGAGGGAGGAGGCGAGGUGCAGCAGAGUGAAGUGGCCCUCGAAGCCCCACUGGCUGUGCGCGAUGAAGGACGCAGUCACCCCGCACACAUACAGAUAUCAGCGUGGGCCAGCAAUCAGGUCAAGGCUGUGCUAGGGCCGGGGGCAGCGCCGCCGUUCAAGCCACCAGACGGAAUCGCACCGGGUUGUGCGCUGGUGCUGCCAGUGAGUGCGGUUCUGCUAGUGAAUGUGGUUAUGCGCACCCGAGUACCAGCAGGGCCAGCACCAGAGGACACCCCUCUGCUGCUGGGGGGGAGGGCAUGGACCACCCGUGCGCCAGCAGUGCCAGGACCAGAGGACCCCCCAGCGCUGUUGGGGGAGGAGAGCAUGGACGUGCGCAUUGCACUUGCUGGCGACGCUGACAACUGUGGUCUAUUUCUCCCCUCACCCUUCCCCACCAGCACCCGUGUGCCAGCACUGGAGGAUCUCCCACCGCUGCUAAAAAAGGAGGCCAUGGACGUGCACAUUGCCUUUGCUGGCGAUGCGGACAACUCAGUACCAGCACCAGAGGACUCGCCACCGCUGCUGGGGGAGGAGGGCAUGGACGUGCGCAUUGCCUUAGCGGGCGACUCACCCGAGUACCGGCAGUGCCAGCACCGUAGGACUCGCCACCGCUGCUGGGGGAGGAGGGCAUGGACCUUGCGUUUUGAGGUGGCUACUGUUCCAAGAGGGGAUUUCUGCCGUGUCAAGGUUUUGGGCAUGGGCAGAGCGGACAUCGUGAUUGGUCCGUGGGGAGACUGGGCACUGGACAACAUAAUUUUCCUGCUGCCCGGAUCAGCAGAGCUGGAGCCCAUGAGGACGACCGAAAGACUGCCAAUGUCGAGACGAGACGAGACGAGACGCUUGCUCUCAUGA